UGAGAUAAGGCGGGGCUUUACCUAGCAAAGACUUACAGAUGACCUGGAGCCAGUGGGUUUGGCGACGAAUAUGAAGCUAGGGCCAGCUAACGAGAGCAUACAGGUCGCAAUGGUGGGUAGUAUAUGGGGCUUUGGUGACAAAACAGAUGACACUGUGACAGACUGCAUCCAAUUUGCUGAGUAGAGUGUUGGAGGCUAUUUUGUAAAUGACAUCGCCGAAGUCAAGGAUUGGUAGGAUAGUCAGUUUUACGAGGGUAUGUUUGGCAGCAUGAGUGAAGGAUGCUUUGUUGUGAAAUAGGAAGCCGAUUCUAGAUUUAAUUUUGGAUUGGAGAUGCUUAAUGUGAGUCUGGAAGGAGAGUUUACAGUCUAACCAGACACCUAGGUAGUUGUCCACAUAUUCUAAGUCAGAACUGUCCAGAGUAGUGAUGCUAGACGUGUGGGCAUGUGCGGGCAGCGAUCGGUUGAAGAGCAUGCAUUUAGUUUUACUUGCAUUUAAGAGCAGUUGGAGGCCACGGAAGGAGAGUUGUAUGGCAUUGAAGCUCAUCUGGAGGUUAGUUAACACAGUGUCCAAAGAAGGGUCAGAAGUAUACAGAAUGGUGUUGUCUGCGUAGAGAUGGAUCAGAUAAUCAGCAGCAAGAGCGACAUUGAUGUAUACAGAGGAAAGAGUCGGCCCGAGAAUUGAACUCUGUGGCACCCCCAUAGACUGACUGCCAGAGGUCCGGACAACAGGCUCUCCAAUUUGACACACUGAACUCUGUCUGAGAAGUAGUUGGUGAACCAGGCGAGGCAGUCAUUUGAGAAACCAAGUCUGUUGAGUCUGCCGAUAAGAAUGCGGUGAUUGACAGAGUCCAAAGCCUUGGCCAGUUUGAUGAAUACGACUGCAGAGUAUUGUCUUUUGUCGAUGGCGGUUAUGAUAUCGUUUAGGACCUUUAGCGUGGCUGAGGUGCACCAUUGACCAGCUCUGAAACCAGAUUGCAUAGCGGAGAAGGUACGGUGGGAUUCGAAAUGGUCUGUAAUCUGUUGGUUAACUUGGCUUUCGAAGACCUUAGAAAGGCAGGAUAGGAUAGAUAUAGGUCUGUAGCAGUUUGGGUCUAGAGUGUCUCCCCCUUUGAAGAGGGGGAUGACCACGGCAGCUUUCCAAUCUUUGGGGAUCUCAGACGAUACGAAAGAGAGGUUGAACAGACUGGUAAUAGGGGUUGCAACAAUUGCGGCGGGUAAUUUUAGAGAGUUUCCGGAUUGUCUAGCCCAGCUGAUUUGUAGGGGUCCAGAUUUUGCUGCUCUUUCAGAACAUCAGCUAUCUGGAUUUGGGUGAAGGAGAUGGUGGAGGCUUGGGCAAGUUGCUGUGGGGGUGCAGAGCUGUUGACUGGGGUAGGGGUAGCCAGGUGGAAAGCAUAGCCAGCCGUAGAAAAAUGCUUAUUGAAAUUCUCAAUUAUAGUGGAUUUAUAGGUGGUGACAGUGUUUCCUAGCCUCAGUGCAGUGGGCAGCUGGGAGGAGGGGCUCUUAUUCUCCAAGUAUGUCAGGGUUGGUGUAUGAAAUUGUAUACACCAGUAUACCACAACCAGGUUUAUAUAUUUCUUUUAACGGUGCAGUGCAAUUCUAAGGGGAUUGGGUCUUGAUGGAAAGCUGACAGCUGACCAGAUUGCCAAAAAGUUGGAAAAUCUGAAGACCAAAUACAAGGACUUAAAAUACAUUUUUCUUGGCAAGGACACUGUUGCUACCAACAUAGCCUCCUGGCCCUGGUUCCAAUUUAUGGGCGAGGCCAUGGAAGGACGCCUCUUCAACAGCGCCCAAGUUUUGGCAGUGGCAUCUUUGGCUGGUGAGGCUCCAGGUUCUUCCUCACCAUUAACCAACGAGAGAGGACAGGGGGGUGACGGUGCUGACAUUUUGGAGUUCUUGAUCAAAACUGAGAUGGAGGACAGUGUGGGGACAGAGAACUUGGAGGACAAUGCAACUGUUAACACUGAUGCAACUCAGACUGAGGGCCCUACUACUAUGGGCUGGCGAAGAAUUUCAGAAUGCUCGUAUAAAAUGACAGAGCAGGAGACGGAGAGAAUGAUAAAGCUGCGUGCCGUGAAUGAGGCUCUCUUCACAGGCAGAAAACAUACUGCCAAGCCUGCCUGGAGAGCUAUUUUGAAUGAGUUGGGCCUUCAGGGAAAGCUGACUACUGACCAGCUUGCCAAAAAGUGGGAUAACCUCAAGAGGCGAUAUAAGGAGUUGAAAUGUCCAGCCCGCAGCAUGGAGAGCAACCCAAAUUCCUGGCCCUGGUUCUACCGCAUGAAUGAUGCCAUGGAGGGACGAUUCGCCGGCUGCGCCCCCAUCCUGACACCAGUAGUAGAGGAGGGUGAUGAGGAGUUUGAGCCCUCUCCACUACCAAGGAAGAGGGCUCGUCGGACGCCAGGGAAGGGGGGGAUGUCUGAGUUCUUGACAGAGUCUGAGAUGGAUGAGCUGGUGGAAACGGAGGAGAGGAAUGGAGCAGCCGUCUUCCAAGGGGCCACCAUAGGGGAGUAUCACACGGCCACAGAAUUCUCAUAUAAGCUGACUGAGGAGGACACCAAGAGAUUGAUAGAGCUGCGUGCUUCCAAUGAGGCUCUUUUCACAGGGAAGAGAAAUACGGCCAAGCCUGCCUGGAGGGCUAUAGUAAAAGAGAUGGGCCUCGCAGGAAAGUUGUCUGCUGACCAGGUUGCCAAAAAGUGGGACAACCUGAAGACAAAAUUCAAGGACUUGAAGUAUCCGCCACGUGGCAUGGAGAACCAGAGCACCCCUGCCUCCUGGCCUUGGUUCCAACUCAUGAAUGAUGCCUUCGAGGGCCGACUGGCCGCGAGAGCCCCCAAAAUAACUCCCAUAUGGAUGAACGAGGAAGACUACUUGUUUGUAUCCUCGCCGAUGCCUACAGAGAGAGACCCGUGUCCCAUGCCAGAAAGGAGUGAGAUUUCUGAUCUGGAAGAGGGAAUGAGACCAGAGGGGACAGAGGUGGAUGGAACGGUUACGUUCUUAGACGCCAGUGGAGAGGAGUGCCCCACACCUGUGGAAUUCUCCUAUAAAAUGACAGAGCAGGAUACGAGGAGGCUGAUUAAGUUGCGUGCGGCCAAUGAGGUUCUCUUCACUGGGAGGCGAAAUGCUGCCAAGGCUGCAUGGAAGGCCAUUUUAAAAGAGUUGGUUCUCCUGGGAAAGGUGUCAACUUACCAGGUGGCCAAGAAGUGGGACAACUUAAAAAGAAGAUAUAAGGACCUGAAGUACCCACCUGUGGGCAUGGAGAGCAUAGCAGACAACGCUGCUUCCUGGCCAUGGUUCUACCUCAUGAAUGAGGCCAUGGAGGGCCGCCUCGCCGCCAGCGGACCUGUCUUGACCCCUAUAACGGAGGGUGAUGACCCCGAGCCUUCCCCUUCACAGUCCUCUCGAAAUAGAGGAUGCCCGUUGCUGGAAAAGGGUGACAUCACACUGGAGUACCAACAAGAGAUUUAUGUGCACCCCACCAUAGAGGAGUGCCACCGGGCCACAGCGGAGUGUGAGAGUGCACUGAGAGAGGAGAGGUUGGGUAGGGGGCCAGCAGGGGGCACUGCUGCUCAGAAGUCAGUGACACUGGAGAGAGGGUGGGAGAUGGUGGAGAGGGAGAGGGCAGCGAUAGAGGGGGAUAGAGCGGCGGUAGACAGAGAGCGGCAGUGGCUGGAGAGCGAGAGAGCCAACUUGGCAAGAGACAGGAUGCUGUUGGAACAGGACAUGGCGGCACUUGGUAGAGAGAGAGAGGCCUUUGAGAGCCAGAGGGCAGCAGUGAUGAUGCACAGUGCUACAGGGGUGCACACUGGACACGUCAACCACUGUGGAAUGGGGAUGUAGACCUAUGGUAUUAACUGCCUUGGAAGCCAAGGACUGUUCAAGAGCCUUCAAGUUAAUUAGAGGAGUCUUUUCAGCAUGUUUUCACCUUAUUGGCUCAAGAUUAAUAAAUGUUUUACACUCACAAGAGAACGCGCUGUCUUUGAUUUGUGAUUGAUACAUUCAAAUCAUUUUAACGUAAUGGUUUAUUAAACUAACCAGUGACAGAGACUUCAAUCUGUAAAAUGGUGGACUUGUUUUAAAUGUCAUUUGAGAAUUUCUCUUUCUUUUGACAGAACAGGCUAAUGAUGUCAUGUAACCCUUAAAGUGUUUGUGGUGUGACUCAUUAUCUCAAUGGCCUCAUCCUGUCUUUUCAGUCUCGGUUGCAAUUAUAUUGUAAUAUAAGACAAAAUUAGCACUAUAAGUGAGAGAACUGAAUUUGUUAUGGAAGUGUUAACUUUUUAUGUACUGACUACUUUUCUCUAAUGUGAAAGCUGUUUCCAUUUUCAAACAAUGAAUAUCCUAUAAAUUACUGCCAAAAAAGUAUGGAAGUGAAAUAUUGUUUGAGAAAUCAAAUCACAGUAUGACCAAAGCUCAAGUGAGAAAUGUGGUGGAAUAUAUUUUUUGAGGAAAUAGUACCCGCUCAACAAUUGUGUAAGCCUACAAUAAAAAGGAUCAUACUCUG